AUGCCAGAUACGCCCAGUCGCAGUGGCCAAACCUCCGCCGUUGCCGGCGGCAGUAGUGCCGUGCCUACACCUGCCAACAACGUCAAUGGCCCAGAACGCAAUAUCGAUAGCCAGGGAAAAGAAGACGUUGAUGCAAGCAAUCAGCCAAGCAAUUUUAAAACCACAACAGGACAAUUCCAAGGUUUACACGAUCAGAAGGCCCACGCCGACGACAAAUACAAUACUCGGGAAUACCACGCCACGCAAGAUAUCAAACAGACAACUGUGAAUGGCGAGCCGACUUGUGCCACCGAGGAUCAUAGUUUCAUGGGAGAGCAGCCUGGGGGCAAUGAUACGCUCCCUGGGUGGGAGAAGUUGAAGAAUAUCUUCGGGAAGUGA